AAGUCGGUCGAGUUGCGCAUGGUCCGUUCCAGCGGUUCUGUUCAUGCCUGUGUGUAUUCGAGUUUUUGUUUGAAGCUCAACGAAAAGCCGUGCGUUCGUUGUUUGCAGUGACGCGCACCAAAUCGAAAUACAACGACAAUUUUUGUUUUUUGUUAUUUAGUCAGUUCCACGAUCUUGGCUUGACUGAGCCCCGAGUAUGCGUUUCGCGAUUACAGUGUUCGGUGCGCGCUUGCUACUAAUCCGUCCGUGAUAGUGAGCUCAUACUGAGCCCGAGUCAUUCCUCUGGGUGAUUGUAGCACUGCACUCGUCGAUUGCUGGAAGGCAUGCAACCACAUGUGCACCACCUCGUACGUUUGCAAUACGCGCUUAAAAGGCUACUGGAGUUGUGAGUAUCUGCUUGAAUGGUGCCCAAUAGUGCUAUUGUGAGAACAGGUGAAACGGUUUGCGGGAAUUUAUAAAAUUAAAUCUCGAAAUCGAAUCAAAACCCACGACAGCAACAGUGAAAACGAUACGUGAUAUUGUUGUGUAAAAAAUCCCGCAACUCGCAUGCAUCACAACCGACAACCGCAACCGACCAAAAAACCGACAGCCGAAGCGCACCAAGACGAAGAGAGACAGCCCUAUAAGCAAUUACCACAUUCUUAGUGGAAUGUAAAAGAGAAUUAACGCCAUUGUCUGGUCGAAAUCAACGAACAAAAGCGACAAGCGAGCUGCAGUGGUGAGACUUUCCCCCUUCGGUGGUGCCGGUCGCAUGGAGUGUAGUUGUCGCCGAUGCCGAUGCUGAAACAUUAGUCGAUCGAUACGGUACCGCCUCCUUCUGUCGGCCCUUUGGACGGAGGGAGCAUUCAGCAUGGGUUACUUUUCCAAACGAAACAUCUUCAUCUACUGCUGCAUCUCGGCGUGCCUAUCGUUGCUUACCUACCUGAUGGCGUUCUCUUGCGAAAUCUCAUGGAUAUUGGAGGCCCGCGGUGACCUGCCCAUACCGGCCUACUUGCUCUGCGCCCAGUACUUCAUUCUCUUCAUAUCGUCGGCGAUCUUGAUCCAUGGGCUAUCGACGGGCAUAUCGUGGGGUCUGCUCAGCUGGUCGAUCAUAAUCGGUGUACUGUCGGUACCGGAACUGGCACUAGUCAUGUACAUGACCAUACAGUACUGGGGUCUCCAGUCGGCGCACGGGCUAACGGAAUUAAUUGGAUAUUUAAUACGUUUAAUAGUCAACUGUCUAGCACUGCUGUGCGUUAUUCCGACUGCACUAAGAUGGCGACAGGAGAAGAAAGUAUUAUCCCAGCUGGAAUCGCUGGCCUCGAGGCUACAGCUGACGACACCGACCCCGACGACGCCGUUCAACACGACCAACGGCAUGAACUCACUGCGAGCCAGCAAACGUAGCCAACAGGGUGGCCCGGUGCCGGCCAGCCGACGACCUUCGACCGGCUUCGACAAUCCCGGCUACGUACCGCAUGAGGCCAACUCGAUGGACAUCGUGCAGCAGUACACGGCCUACAACAAUUUGUACGGUUCGCAGAGCGAGUUCAAUGCUAGCAUUUUCGGACUCAACCCGUCCCAGUACAUCGGUCCACCGCCACCGCCGAUUGUGAACGAGUGCAAGAAAACGCAAUCGCUGCUCGAUCUGCGGUUCAUCUUUCCACCCAAGUUUCUCACAACGCACGCCACCAUCAGUGAGAAAAAGUCCAAAGAAUCCUCUGCUGGCCUGGCCACCGAUGAGAUCGAUAGUGUGCUGAGCAACAAUCUCAAGAACCAAAUCCACAACAAACUGCACGAUGUACCCGAAAAUGGGACGCUCCGGAGCCGCUCCGGAAAGGACACGAAUGCCAUUGCCGACCAGACGGGAACGGUGGCGGUGCCCGGUGAUCACGGUGCUCCACCAUCCAGUGGCGAUCCCAUCUACUACACGAUCGAAUCGACGGCAAAUGGCAAAAACGGCAAAAUCCUGGGACGUAACUGUGUUUCACUCGAGAAUCUGGGUAACAUUACGUUCUCCGAGUCGCCGCUACCGGUGAAGAAACACGACUUGCCGUACCAUCGGUAUGGGCCUAAUCUGCUCAAAAACUACGCCAUGAACCCAUGGAACGUGCUGGCGUACAAUCCGGCUUACAGUGCCUAUCCGCCGGCCUAUUAUCACUACCACAUGAUGAACCCGUACCACCUGUACCAGAUGCACCAGCAUCAGCAUCAUCACGCCUUACCACCGGCCACUGGUGGCGGAGGGUAUUUUACCAACGGCCAUCCGCCACAUGCGGCACUGCACGGUGGACCGGGCAGCUACGGGAAAAACCAUUCACACCUUUCCAGCUACGGGUACGGGAACAACCUGUAUCUGAACGGGGCCACCGACAGCCGGCAAUCGCUCGGUAAUGAAUCGGACGAUUUCCGGAAGUAUCGCGAUGUGGCACUCUAGCAGUAGGUAGGAUGCGGCUGUGUCUCGAAUACCGAGCGGUAUCCGUAUAGUGCGUCCCAAGUCAAACCAAGGAUAUGUGCUAGCGUGUAAGGAUGUUAGGAGUUAAGCAGCAGAAAUAUGUGGUAGGGUAAGCCCGCUAAACGAUCGACUCUGAGAACCCUCAGAAGAACCGGAAAUACUCAAAUCGAAGAAACAUGCUAUAGCACGACGAAUAGGUUACCUCAAACGGUGGGUUAGGGUUACACCAGCUCCAGUAGCGAAGGUAUGAUGAGCACAACGAACCAAACACUUCUCAAACACCACAGGCUACGAUCGAAUGGCCGCGCAAUAUUUAUGUACAGAAUUAAGUGGAUCAGGAGACUACACAUUAUAAAUGAUAUUAUUUAUUUGUAACAUUAGAAACACAUGGAUACGAAAACUUGAAUAUG